AGAGCCAGAUAUCUUUUUCUGCAUGCAGGACCUUGAUGAUAUCGUAUACUUAAUUGCCGUAUAGCAGUAGGUCAUUUUGAACAUUAUGCAGUCGAAGUCUUGACUUGCUGAAAUCCCAGGAGUUCCUCGGUGAUUGUCCAGUUCCUUCAGACUGUACGACUUUUGUCCGAGAUUGACGUAAAAUGGCGACGGAAGUAGCUGCAACAUCACCCCAAGUGGCCCCCCAAGACAAAGACGUGUCUUCUGUAAGGUCCAAGAAGCUAGGGAGAAGACUACAAAUGUUUAUCAUUGGCCUGGUCUUCUUUGCUACCAUCCAUUUCCUUCUACAGGGGUCACCAAAACUGGAGGUACAAACAAACGUUAUGCCGCCCGGUCCUCGCUACAACCACCGCAAAGACACGACCGGAGUUCAGUCUGACAGUACUCCCGCCAGUAGAACAGCUCGUCCGGCAACGUUCUCCACUCCACCUGUCUCUGUGGCACCGUCGGACUCCUGGACAUUCAAUACUGAAGAGAUUAGAAAAGUCAGAAAUGCUACUGCCAUGCUGCAUCCCAACGCGAGGCUUCGGACACACAAGUUGGGAAUCUGGCCCUGUGAAAAGAAAAGAGGAAGGAGAGGACGAAAAUCGUGUCAUCCGGCGCCGUUUAAGCAUAACGUUAGUCUUCAAACAACGUGCGCAAUUGUAGGCAACGGAGGUAUCCUAUUGGGAAGUCACUGUGGUUCUGAAAUCAAUUCUAAGGACUACAUCAUACGAAUGCACCUCUCGGCGAUUAGGGGGUUCGAAAGAGACGUUGGAAGAAAGACUAACAUGACAAUUUUAAACGUCAGCACUCCUAGGCGGAUAAAAAGUUCAUCUGGAUUGGAAAACAGGACUCAGGAUGUGUACGAGAGUCGAAUGAUAGACAUCAACGGCACAGUUCUAGUUUCAACUGCAAAAGAUAAAUUUUUACUGAAACUGGCAUUGAAAAAGUAUCAAAAUCUUUCGUUCGUCUUGUUGACCAGCAAGGAUAGUUUUAGAGAUGAAUCUCUAAUUCACAGGGUCGCGUCGGAUGUCGCGUGGAACAAUGGCACUAAGCCCAGAGGUCCUCCUUCCACUGGUCUGGCGACAGUUCUCACCGCCACUACGUUCUGUGACCAGCUGCAUCUGUACGGCUUCUUUCCCUUCAAGCAGGAUAAAAACAAGAAGCCCUUACCUUAUCACUACUACCCCGGGGAUUUUAUCGAGCCGGUUAUCCAGGAAAGAAAACACAAAAUGGGUAAAGAAUAUCGGUUCUAUAAAGAACUCCAACAACGGGGAGUUUUAAAACUACAUAUAGGGAAAUGUGACGAAAAAUGA